UUGCUUGAAGAAUGAAGUGGGCUGAGCUCAUUUAAUCAAAACGCAACAGCUGAGUUAAGUGGAACGACACAGUUUUUGUGCGUAUUGGAUGACUUGGCAGCAGCUGCAGGGUCUUUGCCUUCGCGACACAUUCAGGCAGAAAAUUUCUAGAGCUUGUGCGAACUAAAAAAGAAAGAGGAAGAGCACGUCAUUCUAGAGAGGAGCUAAGGCUUUACGCAAGAAGAAAUGAGAAGAUGAAAUAAGCUCGAGUUACUUCACAGUGCACGUGUGAGAGCUUAAAUCAGAGGUUGAAGAUGAUUGGAGGGCCAAUAUGCAUACAUCGCGAGAGAGCGAAACGGAGAUCGUCCGAUCAGAACCUCAAAUCGUCACGAAUUUGGUUAAAAAUGAUGAAGUUGAACGGAGUUUGUUUUGAUUCGUCAGCCAAUCAAGCUUUCCAGCAACAACAACCACUUUGUUUUGGAGCAUAUGUUGAGCAGGAAUCCUGGCUUAUGCAGCAGCAGCUGCCACACUUAUAUUGGGACCAGUAUGCUGAACCAGAGCAGGAGAAUUUCCCGUCAGAAAAGCCAUGGCAGCCACCUUGGAACCAUUAUGAUGCACCAGAGCAAGAGGAAUUCCAAUCAGUACAAUUGUGUUUAACUUGAAUCCACAUAAGUAUUUAAAGAGGUAGAAAGAUCAUAUAGAAGUUAUAGAAAGUAUUGAAUGGUGUGUAAGGAAUGUUUGAUAUUAUGGUAUAUAGGUGUUUAUAAGUCAUUUUUUUUAAUUUUUUCCGUGCAAAGAGAGAGUGUAACCAAGCCGCCACUGUAAGUUUGACUUUUAGCAAUAAAAGAUUACUAUGAAA